CAGGCCUUUCCAUGAACGUCUUAGCCACUCACACAUAGACUUCUAUCAUCUCCCUAUUUCCGCAUCUUUGCCGCGGCGAAAUGGAAGAUGAGCACCAGGAGCAUGAUGGCCAGCAGCAGAGCAAAGCCGGGCUGUGUGACGUGGGCGGCGGCGGUCAUCUGCCCACCUCCACCGUAUACAUCUUCCUCACCCAUACCCUGCAUCCAUUCACACACAAUAUCUACACAUACAUGCAUGUGAUGGACGAAGGUCGCUUGUAGACUGACCGCGAACUGUCGUGUGUUUUCGCAGACUUUGAUGGGCGUGCAGGUGCGCUCCUCAACGUCUUUGCCCUCACACUCCUUCCCGCCACCCUGACACACGCACACAUACAGAGUGGCGCACAAGGGCAGAAAGAGAGAGAGAGAGAGAGAUCGGUCUAUGCGUGAGUGUGUAUGUGCUGCUCUCCCCCAUUUCCUCUCACCCGUGCUUCGGUCUUGACGGACCUCGAGCGUAUUUGUUUGGGCGGCGUCUGGCCUUGGGGCGUGCACCUGAGUGUGGCGCAGACAGACAGGGAGGAAGCACAGCCAUGUCUCCGUGUACAUAUGAAUAGGUAGGCGGAUGGAUGUGCCAACGGCUUUGUGUGGCUCACGGCAAUGGGCACUCCUGCCAAUCGCCCCAGCCGCUCCACAAACAGUCACUGACUGGCAGCCAGGCACGCAGGCAGGCAGCCAGCACACCAAUGAAUGUGUGAGUAUGAGUAUGACUGUGAGUGUGAGUGUGUGUGCGCGUGCGUUCCGUCUGUGCAGCUACUGACCGCAUCGUUCGGUGGUACAUUGUUCAGUGUACGCCCUGUUCUCAACGUCGCAAACCGUGUUCUUGCCGGGCUUCCUGCACACCACACGGCAUGGAUGCCCCACCCAUCACACCGGUGUGUGACCGGCGAACCUUUUCCAGAUGGGCUUGCGUGAGCGCUUGCCGCCCCCACAAUCGACACGAAGACCGCUGAAGACACAACCGGGGCGUAUAGGCAUGUUAUUUUCUGUAGGGACACAGGUAGAGAGUGCGGCGCUUACUCUGUUCCCAGGCACUCGCCCCACUCCUCCCAGGUGUACUCACAAUCAUACUCUGCCGUAUACACACAGAUGUGCAUUCCCCGGUGUGUUGUGUGGGUUUAUCUGCAAAGAUCUCUCUCGCUCACCACAGUCGGGUAGGUCUCUUGUACAAUCCUGUUUCCGUGUCUGGGGCUUACAUCUCUCCGGCUGAUAUCAGAAAGUGCACACUCUAUGGGAUGGCCUGUGUCUAUCUGUCUGUAUGACAUACGUCUUCCUUUGCCUCCUGUGUCUGCUCAAGCGGCGGGUUGUGGCCCUCAGGCUUACAUCUGCACACACACGCAGUCAGGCAGGAAAGAGCCCCAAUGCACCAGAUUGAUGCUCUUUGCAAAGGAUGGCACGGUGGUCCCUUCCUCUCCCUGGCGGACAUACGAGGCCGUGCACAGUGGGUCCCAGUCGCCGUAUUCGCAGGGAGGGGGAUCCUUGCUGCCGCCGCCACCCAUCAACGGUGCUCAAAUGAGUCAGACCUCCACAACAACAAACGAUUGCGCAAGGAGAGAAAUGACGGUCAGGCACGGUGGCUCUUAUGGCUGUGUGCCCGCGGUUUGAACUCGACGUCGAGAGCGGGCACUGGGAGGGGAGUGAGGG